UCUCUUUGCGCCUCUUCUUUGGCGGCAGUAGCCUCAAACAAACGAACAAAUAACUGGGCGGAGAGAGAGAGAGAGAGAGAGAGAGAGAGAGAGAGAGAGAGAGAGAGAGAGAGAGAGAGAGAUGGGGAAGAAGGCUAAGGGCUCGAGGAAAGGGAAGAAGGCGUGGAGGGCUAACAUAAGCACAGAGGACAUAGACGACUACUUCGAGAAGUCCACCAAAGACGCCCUCUCCGGUGGCCCCCUCACCGAACUCCCCAGCGAAUCCCUUUUCUACGUCGACAAAUCGAGUGAUCUUUCGGUCAAGCGGAAGAUUGAAAAGCACAGAGAAAAAGUACUCCGCUGUGACAGUUUGUUACAAAGGAACUCCUUUGUUAAACCAGUACCAUCUUCAACACAGAAGAAAUCUAAGAAAAGUCGUAAAGAAGCUCCGGCAGCAAAAGAUGCAGUUCAAGGUCUUCUCAAGGAUGGUGUCUCAGAUUCUGGCAUGGUUGACAUAUGGGGUGAUGAAGGUGAACACACUGGAAAAUUUAAAAAGAAAUCCAAGCCUUCAAUCAUCCCUGCUGUAGAAGUUGAGCCUCCUGGAUGCUCAUUCAAUCCUGCAUUUGAGAGUCAUCAGGAUUCGUUAGCUUGUGCUGUUGCAGAUGAAAUGCAGAAAAUUUAUCGGCAUGAGUUGGGUCCUCAGCCAAUUCCAUUUAUGGUUCCUGGUGAAGUUGUUGACGAGGAAGAUGCAUAUUUUCUUGAGGCGGACAAUGGGAGUGAUGAUGAUCAGCAAAACAUUGAAAACAAAGAUGAAAACGGAGAUAAUGUACAUGAGAAAAGGCCCUCGAUAACCAAGAAGGUUACACGAGUUGAGCUGAACAAAAGAGCCAGACGCAAGGAAAAACUGAGAACAGAAGCAGAAGCAAAGAAAGUGGAGCAAUUCUCCAAGGAAAUUGACUCUUUGCCAGAUAUAAUCCAAGAAAUUGCCAAAGAUGAUGAAGAGAAGCAGAGAAGACAUCUCCGUCGCAUAGUUGCCAAACAAGAAAGAUUGAAAUCCCGUCCACCACGCUUGGGAAGACACAAAUUCGAGCCUGCUCCUGUUCAGGUCCUACUAUCUGAAGAAAUUACGGGUUCCCUCCGGAAGCUGAAGGGUUGUUCUACCCUCGCUAGGGAUCGUUUUAAGAGCUUGGAGAAAAGAGGAUUGGUCGUUCCAUCCGCUAAGAGUGGCAGGAAGUAGGACGUGGAUCCAGAUCCAGAAAUCGCCUGGACUUCCUUACCCGUCGGUGACCUGAUUCAGGGUUUUGCUUCAAGCACAACAGUAGUAGAAGUUUGAGACCUGAAUAGCUGCUCAGUUUAAACAUGAGCUUGCUCCUGAUGCUGAAGAGUUGUAUUUCUUUUUGGUUAAUUAUUUUCAGUCGUCUUGAUAUUGCAAUUUUGCCAAAUCUGAGAGGUGGGUAACGGAUAAUCCACAUAUUUUAGCUUGUAAUGUGGCUUUGCUCACUCGGGUUUCCAUAACCACCCCCUCUUUCCCGGCACGGUUUCCUAUAGUUUUACUCUACACUUAUUACUCUGAUCUUUCUAUCUUAUUUUCUGCUGUGUGUAAAAUCUCGAGGAAACUUGACAUUUUUUAUGGCCCGAAGAUGAAUGGGAAUGACAUUAUUGCUUCUUUGGGACAGAAAAA